AUGAAUCGGGAAGGGACUGCAGCCUUUACUCGAAGCCUUCGAAGGAUCAAGGCAGCAAUGGCUUGCCAUGCGUUCCAGCGGCGGAGUGCAGCUGAAUGGAUUCACCACAAGGGUCUGGGUGGCUGCAUAGUUGGCAGAAGCAGCAGCAGCGGGGCGCCUGGAAGGACCCCCCGAGAGGACGGAAGCGAGACAGAGAGAGGCAACGACGGAAGCGCAGCAUCUGUGGAUGAAACGAGCCGGUCAAGUGCUACUUCCCUCUCUCCUGGGACGAAAGCGGAAAUCAGUGUUACAGGGGGCAGAAACAGGCCACCUCGUCCUGCUGCGGUGGAUGGAGGGGGUGAACCUGUGGCCCCUAAUUGGGGCUUUGCCCCCAUCCCCUUUGUGGCUUCUGGGCGGUCGAUGCCUGGGCAGCGGCUGCUGCCGUGCACCCGCGAGGAUGCAGCUAUCCUGGCAAAGGCGGAGGCUAAGUAUCCGUCCCCGCAGGAGGUGGAGGGGGGAAUAAUUGUGCGCAUUAUUGCAGCGAAGGAUGCGCAGAAAGUCACAUCCCCAGUCCUGAGGGUCGUUAGGAACCGCCAGUACGGCAUCCGGAAGGGAGAGAGGCUGCGCCUAGCUCUGGGUGGGGCCCUGUUCAGUAGCGUGUUGGCCUCACUCGGCUUUUGGCAGCUGCACCGCAUGCAUGAAAAACAAGAACUCAUUGAAUAUAGAAGGAGCCACCUCGCCAGGCAGCCCACCGUCAUCACCAACUCCCCCUUCCCUUGGACCCUGGACGCUGCUGCGAACGCCAGUGCACGCUUGCGUGAACAGAACGAGGGUUCCCCAGCAAAAUUCCCCACCAGCAGCACGACAGAAGCGCAUUGUGAACUGCCUGCUGCUUCUCCCACCAGCCAGAUCUCCCCGCCUCCCUCACUAGGCCCCAGCUCUGCAGAAGGAGAGCGCCAGCUGAGUGACGCCUCGGCUGCCCUUCCUGAGCAUUCUGCUGCUGCGCAGCAGCAGCAUCAGCAACCACAGGAAAAAGCAAAGGAUGCGGGGGCAGCAGAGAGACGAACACAACGCAGCGCCCAACUGCUUGCCCAGGCCUCUGAGGAGGACGUGGAGACGGCAGUACGAGAAUGGGCGUACACUCCAGUGGUGCUUCAUGGGGUUUUGGACAGCAGCACGGAGCUGCUCGUGGGACCUCGGCCGGGCCUGGAAAUGGGAAAUCCUGGAUACUGUAUCGUGUCGCCGCUGCGGCUGCAGGAUGGCAGCGUCAUUCUCGUUAAUAAGGGGCACUUGUCUUUCAAGCUGGCCAAACUGCCCGCUUUCCCCAGCGCAGUCGAUGAAGAAACUGAACUACUUGCAAUUGCGCAGCAGCAUCCACUGCAGCCCCCAAACACCACGCCAGAGCAGCAUGUGGAUAAGCAGCUGGAAGCGAUGCAGCAGCAGCGUAUGAAGCAGAAAUACGUGAACUACGGCGCACAGCAGUAUCUGGAGCGUCUGCAGCAGGUAGCUGGCUGCCGCACAGAGCCCGUCGGUUCCGUGACAGUUCGGGGAGUAUUGGAGCCUGGGGAAGUCGCUAAUUCGAGUUUCAAGGCAUUGAUGUUGAAGAACCGGCCUCACGAGGGGCAGUUCAAUGUGCUGCACCCCGGAGACCUGGUAGAGGCAACACCAGGCAUUCCAAAUAGGAGAGAGGCGUCAAUGCUUAUGGUUAACGCCUACUCCAUCGUGUAUGAUGAAGAUCUGCUCCACCCACCGGAUGGCGCAGGAGGGGACCUGAAAGUAGCGAAUAGGUUUGUGAGCUACGAACAAAAGAAAAAAGAUGACUACCUUCUGUUCUAUGCUGACGAGCAUACCCACUUCAACUACGCGUGUCAGUGGUUCCUCAUGGGACUCUGUACCGCCGCAAUGACUGUUUACAAAAUUAUAGAAGUAUCCAAAUGGCGAUGGUAA